AAAUAAUGAUACUAUAAAAUAAAUUAUUAUUACUGAAUUUCUACUGUAAUAGAAAUAAUGACUACUGUAAAAGCUGAAACAACUCUGGCAUGUUUACUGCAUGUAACAGCGGAAGGCUUUCAGAGUGCUGCUUGAUUUCUGUUCUGGACUGCCUUUGGGAAAGUCACCUUCACGAGCAUUGAGACCGCGUGUUAAGUGGAUGGUCCAAUGCAAGUACACAUGGACCUCAGAACUCAGCUGAAGUGGCAUGGCAGAUGGUGCUGUUAGGUGAAAUUACUGAUUUACCUUGAUAAGAGGGAGCCAAUUAAAUUAGCAUCACCAGGGUCUAGAGUACUAAUGAAGGGAAAAGUUAUAGCUUCUGCAUUGGUUUUGUAACUUUCACAGUGAGAAGUCUGUAACUGUAUCUUGAGUGUAAAACCAGUCACUUCCCAGUUCCCUCACAAGAAGAAAACAGUAUUUCCAGGAACAUUAAUGGUUUUGAGGGUUUCUUGGUUUGUUUUAGAUGCUUCUAAUAGUUAUUGUAACCUAUUUGCAAGAUGAUCACAUUGUAAUUGUUAAUUAUAGAGGGGAGCAGUGUAGUUGUCUUUCUGUGGGCAGGAUGCCGAGCCUUUUCUUUUUGAGAGUAUGUGUGGCAAUCCAAGUAAGAUCAUCUGCUGAAGAUGACUCUGGAAUCAAAGAUUAGGAAAUGAAGAUUUUUACAAGACAGAUUUCCUGUAUCUCUACAGUCCAUUAAAAAUCCAGAUGCUGGAGGCCAGCUUUUAUAGUGCAUCCAUAGGAAGCAUCUCCACUACAGCCUUUCACCACACAGGAGACAGACUGAAGAUGUAGGCAGUUGGCUAAUGUGAAAGCAAUGAAGAGGUGUUCUGAGGCUGACAGUGCUUUUUAUAGUAUGUGCAUUUUCUGGGAAGGGCAUAAGAAGGGAGAUAAACAGGAGAUGAUUGUGGCAAGCUGAGAAGUAGCUGUAGCAGACCAAGGUGUUUCAAAGAGAAGAUCACAACAAAAAGGUGGCUCCAUCAACCACCACCUGAUCACAUUGCAGCAGCGUAGGUGUUGCCAUGAGAAUGAGGAGGUGUCCUGUCUACUUCACAGCUUGUCUUUUGGUCCUGCUGGGUAAACAUCAGAGAGAGCCCAAUACAGAGGCAGAGCACAUGUUUUAAGAGAGCUGACAAGCCAGUUCCUGCACAUACAUGCAUCUGUGUAAGAGUACUCCAAGUCCAGGGGCCUCUGUGGCACUGCAUGGACAUAAGAAUUGUUGCAUGCGUAGGGUUAGACUGUGCUUUUUGAGAGAUGAUGCUCCGACGAGGAUUUUUUCUAUUUCUUCCCCGACUUGUAGGCCUGCUGGUGGUGGCCUGUUGCUCAGUGUCUAUUGUUUAUAUGUUGGCUUGCACACCCAAGGUUGACAACCAGCAGCUUGCCUUGCCCAGGGCACACAGUCCAACUGUGAAGGAGGGAUAUGAAGCCAUUCUGCAAGAGCAGGAAGAACAACACCGCAACUACAUCAUCAGCUUGAAGAAACAAAUUGCCCAGCUGAAGGCUGAGCUCCAGCACAGGAGUGAGCAGCUUAAGAAUGUGCAGGAGCAGUACCCAGACCCCUUGGACAUUCGGCUUGACCACAGUAACCCAGAGAAGGCCCAGGCUAACCUGCUGGCUUUUCUCCGUUCCCAAAUAGACAAAGCAGAGGUGCACAGCGGUGUUAAGCUGUCAACAGAGUAUGCAGCCGUGCCUUUUGAGAGCUUUACCUUGCAGAAGGUGUACCAGCUGGAGACAGGGCUGACACGCCAUCCAGAAGAGAAACCCGUAAGGAAGGAUAAGCGAGAUGAGUUGAUAGAGGUGAUCGAGUUAGCUGUUGGGAGUUUGAACAAUCCAGAGGGGGACAGCAACGCAAAGCACCGUGUGUACACAGCUUCUGACUUUGUUGAAGGGAUCUACCGCACAGAAAAAGACAAAGGCACAUUGUAUGAGCUGUCUUUCAAAGGAGACACAAAACAUCAGUUCAAGAAGAUUGUUUUAUUCCGGCCAUUUGGUCCUGUAAUGAAAGUGAAACAUGAAAAUGUCAAUAUGGCUGACACACUCAUUAAUGUCAUUGUGCCAUUGGCCAAGAGAGCCAGCAAAUUUCGGCAAUUCAUGCAGAAUUUCAGGGAAAUGGGCAUGCAGCAGGAUGGGAGAAUUCACCUCACUGUAGUUUACUUCGGGAAAGAACAAAUGAAUGAAGUCAAAUCAAUACUUGAAAAUACCUCCAAGUCAGCCAACUUCAAGAACUUCACCUUCAUCCAGCUGAAUGAAGAAUUUUCCAGGGGCAAAGGAUUAGAUGUUGGUGCUCGAUUUUGGAAAGGAAACAAUGUUGUUCUCUUUUUUUGUGACGUGGACAUAUACUUCACAGCUGAAUUCCUGAACUCCUGUAGAUUGAACACACAGCCAGGGAAGAAGGUGUUUUAUCCUGUUCUCUUCAGCCAGUAUAACCCCAGUAUAAUUUAUGGCCACCAUGAUUCCAUCCCAUCUUUAGAACAGCAGCUGGUUAUUAAAAAAGAAACUGGAUUUUGGAGAGACUUUGGUUUUGGGAUGACCUGCCAGUACAGAUCUGAUUUUAUCAAUAUAGGUGGCUUUGAUCUGGACAUUAAAGGCUGGGGUGGUGAAGAUGUACAUCUGUACCGCAAAUACCUUCACAGCAACCUCAUUGUGAUCCGAACACCUGUCAGGGGUCUCUUCCACCUGUGGCAUGAAAAGCAAUGUCUGGAUGAGCUAACCCCAGAGCAGUACAAAAUGUGCAUGCAGUCCAAGGCCAUGAAUGAAGCUUCUCACGGACAGCUUGGGAUGCUUGUUUUCAAACAAGAGGUUGAGACACACCUGCACAGACAGAAACUGAGCAGUAAGAAGACAUGAAGCCAGAAAGUGAGGCAAAAAGCCUCUGAAUUGGACUGUAGUUUUUUCUUGAAAAGAGUUGCUAACAAGAAAAGACGAGAUGAGACUGAAAGAGGGCGGAGAAUCCAGCAGGAUGGUAGCAAAAGAAAGAUGAGGGAAAGUGCUUCUCCUCCCUUCUUCUGUUUUUUUUCCUUAAUUGGGCUUUUAAAUACUCCCUCAGCCUGACCGUUCAGCACUUGCUUCUCGGGAAGACUUGAACACUUGAUGGGAUUCAAGGUCACAGAGACAAUGAACAUUACAUAAAUGCCAGUGUGGUAUUCACAGUAACAAAUGGGUGUGCUCUUCUGACAAAAUGUUUGUAAGAUGUGUACAGUUAUUUAAAGGAUUGACCCUUUGGUGGGCCAAUAAUAAUGAGUUAUUUUUUACAUCUAAUCUGACAUGUAAAAAGGGCUAUUUCUGAAUAACUACAGAGCUUCCUGCUCUGAGAAGGACAUCUGGUUGUUAAUGAUAGUUAAGCUGGAGUGACCAAAAAUCUUUCCCUUAAGGGGCUGGGGUGGGGGGACAGCAGCAGUAACUAACAGUGUAUUCCUGCUUCAUUCAGAGACAAGAGGCUUUCUCAGAAAGUGCUUUCUAAAAUUCAAAAAGAGAAAGCCCUACCAGUCAAGUGUUGAUGUUUCAAAAACACUAGAGGGGUAGUGUUUGUUCUCUUCUGUGGACAGUGAACCAAAAGCAAUGAGCCAUGUCUGUAUCACAUGAAUUAGAUGGUGUAUUUCUGCUUCCGAAUAUUAUAAGUAUCUCAAGAUUUCUUUUUGAAUGAAGUUGAUUUUGCUUGGGAAUUAUUUUGCCAUACUUCAGGUUUUCUACUCCUAGGCUUACUAGGAAACAGUAAAGCCUUCCAACACUUGGAAAAUGCUUUGCAGAUCUGUGUUUCCUGUGGAUGGGAAGUGAGUUCAGAUAAGUGAAGUGAUUUUUCUACACAGCCUGGGUGCUGAAAGGCAGAAGCUUUACCAUGCUGAAGAAAAGGAAAUACAUAUCAACUUGCAGUUCUGAUUUAGCAGGAGACUUUAAACUCUGCAUGUCAGAUACCAAAAUCGAUGAACAUUUUCUGACUUUAUACCAAAGUAUUCCUUCUAAACCAAAUAUAGAAUCUUGCCCAGGACAUAGCAAGCUUUUUGUAAUUAACAAAAUAAAAUUUUGUGAUGGCUUACAGGACCCUGCAAAUUCUCGUAUGAUAAUUACAGGUGCAUCCUAAAAAUUAAUCUCCUUCUUAAUAGAUUUUUAAACUGUUGAAAGCAGGAGUUACUGCUCUUAUAAAGCAUUUAAUUUUAAUGCUGACUGCUGUUUAUCAUUUUAGUAUAUACUAGCCAACAAAAACUGCAUGGGCUUGGAAAUCCCAUUUGAUUGCCUAAAUGCUGUUUCUCUAGGAGGUCUCUUUGUUUUAUAGCUGCAGAUUCAAAGCAGUCUGAAACCAGACUCUAAUUCGGGUUUUGGCUUGUAAAAGCUGCAGGAAGAAAUAUGCAAGGUAGCACUGAAUAAUGAAUAAAAUGCUAUUUGUCGUGCCA